AUGGCUCAUACAAAGCAUACUGCCCGUAAGUCCACGGGUGGUAAAGCUCCCAGGAAACAACUGGCUACAAAAGCCACUUGCAAGAGUGAGCCCUCUACUGGAGGCGUGAGGAAACCUCAUCGUUACAGACCUGCUACUGUGGCACUUCGUGAAAUCAGAUGCUAUCAGAAAUCCACUGAACUUCUGAUUCGCAAGCUCCCCUUCCAGCGUCUGGUGCGAGAAAUUGCUCAGGACUUAAAAACAGAUCUGUGCUUCCAGGGUGCAGCUAUUGGUGCUCUGCAGGAGGCACAUGAGGCCUAUCUGGUUGGCCUUUUUGAAGAUACCAACCUGUGUGCUAUCCAUGCCAAACUUGUAACAAUUAUGCCAAAAGAUAUCCAGCUAGCAUGCCGCAUACGUGGAGAACGUGCUUAAGAGUCCACUAUGAGGGGAAACAUUUCAUUCUCAAAAAUUUUUUCCUCUUCUUCCUGUU